AUGAUGUGGAGUUCUCUACCCACCCUAAGCAAGGAGAAUGGGUUCGAGCCUUUUAAACUAGAUAGUGGUGGUACAGAUACACAAGGCAACGAUCCUCAGAAUAUUAAUCGCUAUGUAGGGCAACCUCUUCGCCUUACACGUAUCCAAGGCGAGCAACCAGGAAGUCCUAGUAUGGGUGUCCUCUAUCCUGAUCUCUCAGCACGCGAACUAUUCGGAACUGGUAAUAAAGAUUUCGUUAACGGGGUAACCUCAAGCAUUGAGGGUAUCUUCCUACGCCAGCAGCCCCCAUCAGCUUGGGAUGCCCAGGCACGGCCGCUAGAGACGCCGAAACAAGACCAAGACGGGCAUCGCGAUACUCAUGAUGACUUUGGGUUGAGAAGAGAGGGGCGCACACGGGACCGCCGAACGGGGCGCUAUGAAAGGAAUCCCUCUCAUUCCCUUUCUCCAGAGCCGAACUGCAGUCAGAAAGGUGCAAGCAGUCGACAGAAUCGCGAUAUUCCGGGCUGCGAUAGUUAUCGCUACGACGAAUGGAGCCGCGGUCAAAGUCGAGACCAAGAUGGACGCAGAAGUAAAGGCGAAGAGACCGAAGCAGACCCUCACGGCACCGGUCGCGAUCCCCCACAUGCUCGCCACGCCCCUCCCGCUCACGGCCCCACCCUCGCCGGCCAAGCCCGCGUCCCGAUAUCGCUCAUGGCAUUGGUACUCUCAGGCACGAAAGCACGCGGAACAUUCAGGAGCUUUUAG